CGUGGACGACACGAUCCGACUCUGCCGCUCUCUCUCUCUCUCUCUCUCUCUCUCUCACUCUCAAAGUCUUUAUCUUUCUUUUCUUUUCUUCUCUUCUCUUCCUUUCAAGAAUCAAUGGAAAUGGAAGAUCACACUCACCAUAAUCAGUACACUGUAGAUCUCCGCCAAUUCAUUAGCGGUGGACCUACCCACCAUUUCCCAUCAAUCCCACAACCCCACCCACCUCCAACUGAACUCUACCGGAAUCUGCAACCGCAGACCCACCACUAUGAUAUGAUGAUGCUGUUGCCUCGUGGUGGUGGAGGUGGCGGUGGUUUACACGAUUUUCAUUCUGAGUCUACUGCUGCUGCUGGUCCUCCUUGCAUGGCGGUAGCGGCUCCUCCUCCUUCUGGUGGGGGAGCUACUGGUAGUAGUGGAAACACCACUGUUGCUACUGCUGCUGCUACACCUACACUUAGUGGUUUGGAAGCAGAAGCUGCAUCCUUUGGUGGUUGUGAUGGUGGGACUGGAAGAUGGCCUCGACAAGAGACCUUAACACUUCUUGAGAUCAGAUCUCGUCUUGAUUCAAAGUUUAAAGAAGCUAAUCAAAAGGGUCCUUUAUGGGAUGAAGUUUCUAGGAUAAUGUGCGAGGAGCAUGGAUAUCAAAGGAGUGGAAAGAAAUGCAGAGAAAAAUUUGAAAACUUGUACAAAUAUUACAAGAAGACUAAAGAAGGUAAAGCAGGAAGACAAGAUGGUAAGCACUAUAGAUUCUUUAGACAACUUGAAGCUCUUUAUGGAGAAACAAGCAAUUCUGCUUCAAUCCCUGAAACUCAUUUUGUUAAUAAUAACACUAAUCUUCCAUUUCACACCACUUGUACUACUCAAAGUAAUAAUCAAGAAACCAACUUUCACUCUCAAAAUAAGCUUUGUGAUAGUCUUAGUCUCUCAAAUUCCUCUGAGUUCGACACCUGUUCUUCUGAUGAGGAUAAUAAUUUAAGCACAGCUACAUUGAUGGAGAAUGACUCAAUUGAAAAGAGAAGAAAGAGAAGAGAUGGGAAGAGUUGGAAAGCAAAGAUUAAAGAAUUUAUUGAUUCGCAAAUGAGAAAGUUAAUUCAUAGGCAAGAAGCUUGGUUAGAGAAAUUGACGCAGACUCUAGAACAAAAAGAACAAGAAAGAAUUGCUAGAGAAGAAGAAUGGAGACAACAAGAAGCUGCAAGAAUAGAUAGAGAGCACAAAUUUUGGGCUAAAGAGCGAGCAUGGAUCGAAGCUCGCGAUGCUGCUUUAAUGGAUACUUUGAGAAAAUUAACAGGAAAAGAAAUUCAAAAUCAAAGUGAAAAAUGCCAAAGUGGAAAUGAAAAAUGUGGUAAUUGGACUGAUGAAGAAGUGACAAGACUAAUGCAAUUGAAAAGUAGCAUUGAGUCAAGGUUUGCUCAAAAUGAGGAAGAAGAAGAAGAAGAAAAGGAAAACGAAGAAGAAGAAGCACUAUGGGAAGAAAUAGCAGCAAAGAUGGUUUGUAUGGGAUAUCAUAGAAGUGCAAUAAUGUGCAAAGAGAAAUGGGAAAGUAGUAUCAGUAAUUAUUCAAGAAAAGUCGCAAAGAAAAGAAAGGAGAAUAAUAAUUCGAGAAAUGGUUGUUACUAUCCAAGAAAUGAUCAGUCAAUGUAUAAUGCUGGAGCAUCAGGUUACAUUGAUCAGAUUAAUGAACAAGAAAAUCAAGAAACUGCAAAUUCUAAUGCAGCAGUAGUGAAUGAUAGCUGCUUUAGGUUCUUGAUGAGUGAUGGGACAGAGAAUUUGUGGAUGAAUUAUGGAUUGAACGUUAAUAAAGGAGAUCAUCAUCAUCAUCAUCAUCAUCAUCAUCAUCAUCAAAGCCAGCAAGACUGAGCUAUCAUAAUUAAUUAUUUAAUUAAUUAAACAAAUACUGACAGUUUGUUUAGUUGGUCUACCAAGCAGCAGGAAGAAGAGGAUCCACGAAGAUGAUUAUGAUGUGGAGACGAGAAAUUUGACUUGUUAAACUGGGUACGAGAAUUGACACAAGAUGGGACCUUAUUGCAGUCUGUAAGCAAAGGAUCAGACAGAGAGAGAACUGACGUAGGAUUUUUAUAUUAUGGGUAUUGGAGUUUUUCAUUUAAUGGCCCUUGUUCAUUAUAUAGUAUUAUUAUUAUUAUAUUAUUAUUAUUAUUAUUAUUAUAUAUAUUGGAGGUUUAAGAUAAAAAAUUGCAUUGUUGUGCUAGUUCAUGAUUUGCUUCUUAUAUGGAAUGAUCGAUUCCUUAUUUAUUUUUAUUGAUA